UUAGCAAAGCGCUCGCGAAAUCUCACAUUGUUAUACAUUUUUCAGCAAGUUCAAUCCCGAAAAGUGGGAGAGUGUAGCGAGGAUACUUUUUCGUUGAAAUACUCGUAAGAUUAACACGGUGCGUCGCGAUAAUUAAUAUUAAUUAACGUUAAACGAAGUGCGAAGCUCUUUGUACGUGACAUUCGAAGUGCGUAAUAUGUCGUGUGCUUCCAAAUUUCCUCUCUUAUUCUUAGGAAAAUUGCAUUCCCGUGUAAAAUAGUAAUAAUUAGUUAACAAGUCGUUGGAUGAGAAAGGGGCCGUUCUAUUUUCUGUUAGCAGUGAUCAGAAUUAAUUAGAAGUGUGUUGUUUAAAUAGUAACGUUCAAUUAGCGAAAUAUUUGACGUGCAGCACGAGUCGAUAUGUCGAUGAAUAUGAGACGCACCUAAUGCACCUUAUCACAUUCGAUCUUAACCAGAGUAUGCACCAGCCUUUAUGGAAUAUCAUUGCUGCCUUUGUGUUCAUAAAUGCUAAAAGAUGCCAGCAAAACAGAGGAAAAUAGCUAUUAUGGGUUACAGAUCCGUAGGCAAGUCAUCACUGAGCAUACAGUUCGUCGAGGGACAAUUUGUGGAUUCAUAUGACCCUACUAUAGAAAAUACAUUUACAAAAAGUACACGAGUAAAUAGUCAAGAUUAUGAAGUUAAGUUGGUAGAUACAGCGGGUCAAGAUGAAUAUAGUAUAUUUCCUACACAGUAUUCGAUGGACAUCCAUGGUUAUGUCCUCGUGUAUAGUAUAACCAGCGCAAAGAGUUUUGAAGUUGUACAAAUUAUUUAUGACAAGCUACUGGAUAUUACAGGAAAAGUCCAUGUUCCAAUCGUAUUAGUAGGAAAUAAAACGGAUUUAUAUGUAGACCGAAUGAUAACAACAGAACAGGGCAAGCAACUAGCAGAUUCAUGGCACGCAGCUUUCUUAGAAACUAGUGCAAAACAAAAUGAGUCUGUUGCAGAUAUUUUUCAUACUUUAUUGAUCGAGAUUGAAAAAGCUGAUGGAAAUGUACAAGAAAAAUCGAACUGUAUUAUUUCCUAAGCUACAUUAGCUGGAAAUAUAAUUUGAUACAAUGCAAAUGUAUAAAAUCGAAUGGCGAAUUUGGCAUUAUAUCAAUACACGUCCGAAAACAAAUUAAAUGUAAUAAUAUUAAAAAUAUAAAAUGGUGAAUGUAAAACAAUUAUAUCUCUUCUUGCUAUAUAAGUUGAAAAUAUUAUAAAUAUUAUCUAUUUCAGAAUAUACAUGAUAAUGACUAUUUUUAUCAUUUGCUUUUGUAACCAUUAUGUAACAAAAAGAGAAAAAGAUAAUUGAUUUCGAUGA